AUGUACAUCAUUCUUAUUUCAAUCCAUUUCUUGCUUCAUACAAAUGGUCGCGAACAAGGACCACCGCCCGAAGAUUCUGGACUGUUCAACGAGUUCGAAUAUUACUAUGACAUUUAUAUUAACGAGUCAAUGAUUGCUUUACCAGAUAUUGAUCCUAAAUAUCAAAUAGCGCAAGCUGUAUAUAUUUCUGGAAGCUUGAAACUUUCGGAGCGAGAGUUGUCGGAAAAAAUGGUAAACGUCACAAGAAUCAACGGAGGACUCUCUGUAACAAGUACUAUUUUUACAAAUCUCUCAUUUCUGAGUUCGAUUGAAAUUAUUCAAAUAGACGCUUAUAAAUCGCAGUAUCUCGCUAACAUCGAUAUUAUCAACAACACAAAUCUAUUGACGCUGGGAAUGAAGGCGAAACGAGAUGGACUGUAUUUGACUAUUCGUGACAAUCCAAAACUAUGUAUCACAUCUCGGGAUUUAGAUAAUCUUUUUUAUGGACUAUCACUAGAUUCGAAUUUGGAUAUCAAGCUUUGUUUUAAUAAUGAAACUUCUUCGUACUGGUGUCAGCUUCCAGACUCGGGGGAUCUCAAUGUAUAUUUGUUUGGGCGCUAUUUACAACAACCACCUUUUUCAGGACUUGCCAGACGGAUGUCAUAA